AUGUCUCGACUCGCCCUCCUCGUCAGCCUCAUGGCCGCCACCGCAGCAGCCCAAGCAGAGUACGCAUCCCACGGCUUCAAAUACAUCGGCUGCGUCGAAGCCGACCCCCCGGCCUUCUCCUUCAACGUCAAUCUCCCCACUCCGUUCAGCGCCCAGCAAUGCCAGGAGGCCUGCCACGCAAAGGGCAAAUACGCCGCCAUCGACGGCUCGUGCCACUGCGAGGAUCCCGCGUCCAAGGGCGAGCCCCAGUACAAGGUGCUCGAGGAUUCCGUCUGCGCGCUGCCGUGCAUUGGCGGCAACGCAACUGCGGGCUGGUGCGGAGGCCCUCAGUGUCCGGUGACUGGGAAGAAGCGAUAUUCACUGUACAAAAAGGAUGGUGACGACUGCGAGGAAGACAACGGCAAAGGGAUCGGUAUCGGGUUCCACACCAAGAGCAUCCCCGUGAGAACCUCCACCACCAUCAAGACCAUUACCUCUUGUCCCCCCGAAGUCACCAACUGUCCGCUCUCCUGUCCCCCUGGAGGCUGCCAUAUCGAUCCUCCGUCUCCCAUCACGAAGCACCACCCUGGCCCGUCAUCCGAGCCCUCUGCUCCGCCGUGUCCCCAGAACUGCGGCCCUCCUUGCCCGCCUCAGGGCUGUGGAAUCUGUCCUCCUGGGGGAUGCCUCCCUUCGUGCCCGCCAGGCUGCCCCUUUCCCCGUCCGCCGCCUCCAGAGUGUCCCGGUGAGCACUGCAAGACAAACGUUCCGGCAUCUCCAACAUGUCCGCCAGGAGGAUGCGUCAAGCUUGUCACGGAUCCUAUCCCGCCCCGUCCUCAUCCUACGCCUGAUCCGGCUCCUACCAAGGUAACGGUGACCAUUAGCGAGGGCGCCAGAUACCAGUCUGGGGUGCUAAUGGCAGCUGUUGGCGCGUUGAUCGUGGCUGUAAGUUGGCUUUGA